AUGGUCCGACACAGAGACGUCUCCACGCGGUCGCUGCAGCGCGUGCAACUGCUGCAUCAUCGACGUCGAUCAUGUCUUCAAUCGACUCGUCGCGUGCUCUCUGACAUCUCUUCCUUCCGUUCCCGCAACUACACGGUCUCAACUCGUUCUGGCAGCUCCAGUAGCGCCCACCAAAGCUUGGUCACCAGUGUACCCAAUCGACAGGCUUUGAAGCGCAUUCACUGGCUCCUGGAGCAGCCACAUCGGCGCGUGUUGCUUCUGACAGGAAGCUCAUCCUUUGACUCUUUUGCCCGCAUAGCGCUGGAGCGUGCGCUGCCCGCGUUUGAGCUGGAGCGACGUGGCCACGGCGCCUUUGGCGUUGGCGAGUUCUGCCAGCUGCUUCUACGUGAAAGCGGCCGCGAUCGUCGCGUCUUUGGCCGUGCCCAGUUGAUGGCGCUGCUACUACACCACAAUCUGGUGCUACUGCCUGGUGCGUCCCGAUUAAAUGCUGCAUCGACGCUUCAGAGACGCAAAGGCGCACAAGAUUUGCUGCAGCUCUUUCAGCUGCUGGAAAAACACGGAGUCUCAGCAGAGCAGUACACUUCAUUGGCAUCUACAGCUGCAGAAAGCGAUCAAGUGCUUGCUCAGGAGCUGGCUGAGACGUACCGGAAGUACCACGAACUGCUUUUACAGCAUAGCGCCACGUCUUGGGAUGGACUCGUGUUGGAGAUGCUGACCGUGUGUGGCGUGCAGAAAGGAGACGCUGCAGUGGAGGAUGCGCUAGCGAAAGAGUUUGUUCGGACGGUGUUGCGAGAAUACACGGACGUGGUGGUGGACGAUGUACAGAGAAUGACACCGGCCAUGGCGACGCUUGUGGGGCACCUGUGCGGUCAGCCGAGUAUUCAGUCAAGUUCCAGCUUUAGUCGAGUGCUGCUCGAAGGGAAUGAGUGCUCGCGGACACAGAUUCUGGAGAGACAGUUGGUGCGUGCGGCAGCAGAUAUGGGUGACGAACGUGCGGUAACUCGUAUCGAGAUGGAGGCAGACAACGAGUUUGUGGAGAAGAGAGCACAGAUGCAAAUGUUCGCGCGGCAGCUUCUGACGAAACGUGCUAGCGCUAGUUGCGGCACACAUUCGCCGGUUCCGUUCAAGUGCUGGCGCUUUAGUACUGCUGAGACGGAGGUGAGGACUAUCGGUGCACUUCUUGCACGAAAACUGGAGUCUACGGAUGCCACGGUGUUAUGUCCGACGCACGCAGAUGCACGUCGAAUCAUGUUGGCAUUUCAGAAGCAGGGGCUAGUAGCUCGAAUUGAUGGCGAUCCGAGCGCAGUAGCAAGUACCUCCACUGGCCCACCCGUCCACCUGUUCGACGAGCCCGGUGUGAACGCGGUAUACUCGUUGCUUUGUGCGUUGUGCUUCCCGAGCGACUCGCGCCAUCUUUACAACGUUUUGCGCUCCAGCUACUUUGCUUUUCCGGCAGAGCUCCUUUCGUGGUUGAUGCAGCAGGAGCACCAGAGUCACGUUGAUUUGUUUUCAGUUCUUGAAGCUUUUGUAGAAACUCAGGGCAAGUCACUUGUCACGACCGUGAAAGGACGAGAAAAGGAGCUGCCCAAAGCAGUAUCUUGUCAGUGCAAGACCGGCUUGGAGAUUGCUGAGUCGUUUGUGAACAUUGUCAUGCAUCUUCGUACGAAGUGUCAUCAGCUUCCUGCGGUUGAGAUUGUCCAAAUAUUCUUGGAAGCUACAGGUCGACUGGACACGCUACUGACUCCGAAUUCUGUGGACGAGGAGCGCGAGUCGUUGGUGCUGGCCGAUUUCUUAAGAGAACUUGAGACUGCACAAAAGGUUGCGAUGAGUGAUCAAAUACCGUUUGUGGUGCCAUACUUGCAGCAACUACGGAAGGCCAACCUAACUUCGUCCGCUUCAAAGACAGGUUCAGCAGACGCCGGUGUGGAGACACUUUCGAAGGAUGCUCGUAUUCGCGUAAUUCCACUGACAGCAUAUGCGCUACAGUCUUACGCUUCUUCGCAAAGCGAUGAGGAGGAGAGCCGCAAGCAUGUGCUAGUGCUGAUGUCGAUGCGCGAUAGCAAGUUUCCUGGGCGGAUGAAACGUCUCACGCUGCCACUCCCGUAUGGUCUGCUGAGCGAACCGUUUCCGGUGCAAACACGUGCCGAGCAUCUGGAGCAGUGCAAACUGCUCGCAUACGAAGCCUUGACUCUUCGCGCUUAUGACGAAGUGGUGCUGUCUUUUGCUGAGCUUGCCGACACCUCGGUAUCUAAGCGCGAGGUCGUAAGCCGCACUUUCCAACCGAUCUGGCAUGAAGGAGAUCAACCAGCUGCACUAGUCUAUCGUGGCAGCGAUAGCAAUGGAAGUGCUGGUGCAACCGGUGCUACAUCGCCACCGACUAGCCCAUCACCGGAGUCGUUGACACCAAUCGAAUCCGUUCCUACAGUGAACGCAAGUGCUGGACGACGCGGGACGUCCAGCUAUUGGAUGUCAGACGUGGUGGGACUCUUGCGCGACUUCGUGGCUCGCGUGCUCUUUCCAAUCAUACCCCGUGGUUUGCUAGAGUCUGCUGUCGACAAUUGUCCAAGAACGACGAGUGGCGAUGAUGAACUAAAUGGGUGUCACCCUAACAAAGAUACAACGCACGUGCGGCAGUCAAAGACGUUGAGGUCAAAUCUGGACUUGGAAGGGUUUGCGCGUAGUCCAAGCACGGACAGUCGUCGUCUCUCAUCGCAAUUAGCACCGAGCGAAUCAUACGACCCAUCGCACCUAUCGUAUUCGCAAAUCGCUGAAUACAUGCGGUGCCCACAUCGGUACUAUUUGGGCCGCGUAAUGAAGCUGAGUGGGGACGUAACUACUCCGAUGAUGUUCGGGCGCGCGCUACACGAAGGCGUAGCUGCUUUCGCCAAAUCGCUAGCUGUUUCGCAGACGAACGGCAAGGAUCUGCAUGAAGUGAAGACGCUUGCUGCUGUUGAAGCUGAAAAGGCUUUCCUGCAAUCAUGGCCAGGUGACGGGCACGGGCUUUUCAGCUCGAACGAGCAAUCUUUGUUCCUUUUCGAUCGAGGUGUGAUGGCAUUACGGGACUUCAUUGAAACGCACGACAGCGACACACAAUUGGAGGAGAUUCUCCACGUAGAGCAGGCGUUCUCUUUCUAUGUUCCCAAAGCCAGUGUGGACCUGCGAGGUGUGUGGGACCGCAUCGAUCGUGUUUCGAAUCCAGAUGAUGACGGAUCGUCCGUGUGCGUCGUGAAGGAGUUCAAGUCCAACAUGAGUGGCACCGGACGCAAUAUGAGCAAAUUGGCGGACGAGAGCUUGCAGCUCAAGAUGUACAUGUACGCUUUCAGCAAAGUUUUUGGUGAGGCACCGUAUGGCGCCAAGCUGCAACAGAUCGGCGGUCAGCCAAGCAGCAUCACUUCCAGGAGCAGAAAAGUGGGAGAUGGCAAAGCAGGGACCUAUGAUGACGGAUUCGUGCUCUUCUCGGAGAAAGCAGCGCAGGAAGCCGAAGAUGCGAUUGUUGAGGUUGCGUCGGGUCUACGUCGCGGUGACUUUACGCCUAAGCCGAGCUAUGCCGAGUGUGCUUUCUGUCCAUACGCAGAGUCUGCCUGCCAUUUUGCCGCAGAUGAUGCGUCGCGCGGGCUUCAGUCUGCAAGAACAGCUCGUGCGGAAGUUCGAGGAUGA